UGCCCUUCGAGAGGAUGCACAACAUGCUCAACCACAUGGAGUUUCGCUGCUUGCAAUUUUGACUAGGAGACUUUCAACAGAUAGAAAAAGUGGUUUGCUCAGCAACUUCCUCUUUUCUCAGAUUUCCUUCCAGUUUGCAAGAUCGUGCUUUCUUUCAACACUCGCUGUAAGCUGGGUUCCCAUGCCGUCCGCCAUCAAUGCAGCGGUGGCUCAGCAGACAGCUGCUGGGUCGGUUCCCAGCGCUACUAUUAGCACUACGACAACUGAAGGUGCAGGUGGGGGCACAGGAGGGAUUUAUUCUGCCAUUAUAAGUCGCAACCAGCCCAUCAUCAGAGUAAAGGAGAAGACCUAUGAAGAGCUUCACAAGAAGUGCCUGGAGAAAAACAUUCUCUAUGAAGAUCCUGAUUUCCCACCAAAUGAGUCCUCCCUCUUCUAUAGCCAGAAAGUCCCCAUCAAGUUCGAAUGGAAAAGACCACGUGAAAUCUGUGAGAAUCCACGGUUUAUUAUUGGUGGAGCCAACAGAACAGAUAUCUGCCAAGGAGAAUUAGGUGACUGCUGGUUCCUGGCUGCCAUUGCUUGCCUGACACUGAAUAAAAAACUACUCUGUAAAGUCAUACCUCACGACCAGUCCUUCAUACAAAACUAUGCUGGCAUCUUCCACUUCCAGUUCUGGCGCUAUGGAGACUGGGUGGAUGUCGUCAUCGAUGACUGCCUACCCACAUACAACAACCAGCUGGUCUUUACCAAGUCCUCCCAGCGCAACGAGUUCUGGAGCGCCCUCCUGGAAAAGGCCUAUGCAAAACUACAUGGGUCAUAUGAAGCUUUGAAAGGAGGGAACACCACUGAAGCCAUGGAGGACUUCACCGGAGGAGUCACAGAGUUCUAUGAGAUAAAGGAUGCCCCAAAAGAUAUCUACAAAAUCAUGAAACAUGCCAUUGACAGAGGAUCCCUUAUGGCCAGUUCCAUUGAUGAUCACCUUGGCUUUUCUUAUGGAUCGGCUCCUCGGGGCGACAUUGGGGAACUGAUUUCUCGAAUGGUGAAGAAUCUGGAAAACUCACAGAUGAGUUACCCCACUGUGGACUACCAGGCAACAGAUGAGAGGCCAGCCUGGACCAUAGUGCCAAUGCAGUAUGAAACCCGGAUGUCUUGUGGGCUCGUCAAAGGUCAUGCCUACUCAGUCACAGCUGUGGAAGAGACAACAUUUAAAGGGGAAAAAAUACGUCUGGUAAGGCUGAGAAACCCCUGGGGACAGGUGGAAUGGAAUGGACCUUGGAGUGACAAGUCAGAGGAAUGGACCUCUAUUAAUGAAGAAGAGAAAAUCCGCCUGCAGCACAAGAUUGCGGAGGAUGGGGAGUUCUGGAUAUCAUUUGAAGAUUUCAUGAGGCAUUUCACAAAACUUGAGAUCUGUAACCUCACACCUGAUACUCUGGAAGCUGAUAAACUCCAGACCUGGACUGUGUCAGUCAAUGAAGGGCGCUGGGUGAGGGGCUGCUCAGCUGGAGGCUGCCGCAAUUAUCCAGAUACAUUUUGGACCAAUCCCCAGUACCGCUUGAAGCUCCUGGAGGAAGAUGAUGACCCUGAGGAUGAGCAGGUUAUCUGCAGCUUCCUUGUCGCACUGAUGCAGAAAAAUAGGAGGAAAGAACGCAAGCUGGGAGCCAACCUGUACACCAUUGGCUUUGCCAUCUAUGAGGUGCCCAAAGAGAUGCAUGGUACUAAGCACCACUUGCAAAAGGACUUUUUCCUCUACAAUGCCUCCAAAGCUAGAAGUAAGACCUAUAUAAACAUGAGAGAAAUCUCUGAGCGCUUCCGGUUACCUCCCAGCGAGUACGUCAUCAUCCCAUCAACAUACGAACCCCACCAGGAGGGAGAAUUCAUCCUGAGGGUCUUCUCAGAGAAAAGAAGUCUUUCAGAAGAGGUUGAAAACAUGAUUGAGGCAGAACGUCCAUCGAAAAAGAAAAAGGGCAAGCCUAUCAUCUUUGUUUCUGACAGAGCCAACAGCAAUAAGGAGCUGAAUGCAGAUGAAGAUGCUGGCAAAGAUGGCGAAAAAACCCACGUAGAUGAGAAAAAGCGUCCUUCAACAAAAACUCGUGAGGGGAGUGAAGAGGAAAACCAGUUCAGGAAUAUUUUCCGACAGAUUGCAGGGGAUGACAUGGAGAUCAAUGCUGAAGAACUCAGGAAUGUUCUCAAUAAUGUUGUAAAAAAACAUAAGGACCUAAGGACAGAAGGAUUUGAACUGGAAUCCUGCCGCAGCAUGAUUGCUUUAAUGGAUACAGACGGCUCAGGGAGAAUAAACUUUGAUGAGUUUCGACAUCUCUGGGACAAGAUUAAAAGCUGGCAGAAAAUUUUCAAGCGUUACGACACGGAUCAUUCGGGAACCAUUAACAGCUACGAGAUGCGCAAUGCGGUCAAUGAUGCAGGGUUUCGGCUGAACAACCAGCUCUACGACAUCAUCACCAUGCGCUACGCAGACAAGAACAUGAACAUCGACUUCGACAGCUUCAUCUGCUGCUUCGUGCGCCUGGACGCGAUGUUCAGGGCAUUCCACGCCUUUGAUAAAGAUGGAGAUGGCAUCAUUAAGCUCAACGUGCUGGAGUGGCUGCAGCUCACGAUGUAUGCAUAA